GCUUUUCCUGAAGCGGCCGUGAAAUGAAGCGGCGGAGCUAGACGUCUGUAGUCUGACAAUUGUGUACUUUUACGCUCCAUUUUAUAGUUAGUUAGAGAUGCAAGAAAUCGGCUUUCUGGGCCAUUCUCCGCCUACUGACAGUACUAAUCUCUGAGUUUCUCCAGGUGUUUCCCCCCCUUCCCUCAGCCGGUGCCGUAAAGCAAAGAAGUAGCGCAAAACUGCAAAUUUCCACAACUUCCCAGCCCUUGCUUUACGACAUUUAAAAUGGCUGCCUCCAUGAAAUCAGCUUGUCGGUUCAGUGCAGGGGAAGGUACUUAAGAGGGAUCGCUAUGUGGAGUUACUAGGUUCCAGGCUUCAGAGAGUUUUAAAAGCAGAAGCAGCAACAAAAAGGAGUACUAUUUUUGUUUUUCUACCAUGAGGUAGAAUGAUGGCAUAUGGGAGAGGGAUGCAGAGUGUGAGAAGUUUUUAAAUCAGUGAGGGGCGCCUCAUGGGAUAAAAGGAAGAAGCAGAAACUUAGUAGGGAGUGGCGCUGAACAUCCUCAAAGGUGUGGCUGAACUGAUCUGAGCGAAGAGAGGAGCUGGCGGGAGAGCCGUAGUAGGUCCCGCUUGGAGUUCGGCGAAAACUAGACAGUCAAGCCCCCUUUGGGUGUGGGAACAGGGGCCACGGUGUUGCCUUUGGUGUCUCUAAAACGUUCCCAGGAGUGAAGAUGAUGCGUUCUGCGCUGCUGCCGCCCCUUGCUAGAGGUUGUUUCAGGACACUGUUACAGUUCCGGGCGGAAGGAGAUAAAGAGAGGCAGCGGCGGUGCCUCUUCGCAGGCUCUCCUUCGUCUGCUUCUCACUGGAGCAAACUGGUGUCUGAAGCCGAGAAAAUAGUGGGCUACCCGACCUCCUUCAUGAGCCUUCGCUGCCUCUUGAGCGACGAGCUGAGCAACAUCGCUAUGCAGGUGCGCAAACUGGUGGGGACCAAGCAUCCGUUGCUUAACACGGCCAGAGGUUUUGUGUAUGAUAGCAGGGACAACCUGCAGAUUAGAGGUCUGGUGGUUUUACUUCUGUCUAAAGCAGCUGGGCCCAGCAUAACAGCAGAGACUUCCCUCCAGAAUGAUAUGAUCAGUGGAAUAUAUUCUAGCCAACGAAGUCUGGCAGAGAUUACAGAGUUGAUUCACACAGCUUUCCUGGUACAUCGUGGAAUAGUAAACAUUGGUGAAUUGACAUCAUCGGAUGGCCCAUUGAAAGACAUGCAGUUCGGUAAUAAAAUAGCUAUCCUAAGUGGUGAUUUUCUCCUAGCGAAUGCAUGCACAAGCCUUGCUCAACUGCAAAAUACUAAGGUGGUAGAGAUCAUGUCAAGUGCCAUUGGAGAAUUAGUACAAGGAAUAUAUUAUGAAAAUUCAAAUUUAGCAAAGGAAAAUGGCUUCACAGAUGACAUUGGAAUAUUAAUGUGGGAAGAGCAAGUUUUCCUAUCCCAUAGUGCCUUGCUGUCAAAAAGCUGCCAAGCUGCAAUGGAAUUGGCAAAACAUGAUGCAAGAAUCCAGAAUAUGGCAUUUAAGUAUGGAAAGCACAUUUCUAUGAGUCAUAAGCUAAAUGCUGACAUUCAGCCAUUUUUUAAUGAAAGUUCUGAUGAUUCUGUGGCCUUCAGUUUAAAUUCUGCACCUGUAGUCUUGCAUCAAGAAUUCAUUGGAAGAGAAGCCUGGAUUAAGCAGAUUAAAGAGGCUCAAGUUAAAGGAAACUUAAUAGACUACACUAAGUUGCAAGAUGCAAUCAAGGCUGGCAAAGGUGUGACUUCAGCUAUUGACCUAUGUCGUUUCCAUGGAAACAGAGCACUGGAGGCACUGGAGUGCUUCCCUCCCUCUGAGGCCAGAUCUACUUUAGAAAACAUUGUUUAUGCUGUGACAAGAUUUUCAUGAUCUACAAUUCAAAAAAGAACCUACUUUUGUUUGCAGUGAUGAGCAGCAGAUAAUAGUUGAGAGAAUCACAAUCUGGCAUUGCUAAGAAUCUGAACGCGCUGGUGGCUGUAAAAAUGCGUUUCUAUUCCUGUCACCACAUUCCCAAACUAACAUAUAUCCUUCGGAACUGCCACAAACAAAAUUAGGAAAAAAAGGUCAAACAGUUUUCACUUGUCAUGCCAGAAGCACACUUGAGGCUGCACCAGUAGAAAUAAUUAAUGAGACUCGCUUCUGUGACCUCAGCAAAUGGACAGGAAAUAAGUCCUUAUUGAUUGGACAGAGCCAGGGAUGGCGCCAGUAUGGUGGCCUGUGGUUUUCCUGCACUAGAGAAGACAGAGGGGGGCCCUGAAGCUGCAGGUGUUGGGAGAGAUGCUUUCUAAAUCUGCCAGAGAGAAGGCUGUUUAAAAUCAGAAUUAAUGUACCAAUUUAUCAACAUGAAGGGCAGCUCGAUGAAUUAGUGGGGGAAAGGAGGGAAUCUUUUAUCUAACUACAGGAGGGAAUAUUUUAUCUAACUACAUGCAGCUAUGUCUCCUCACACUGUUUCUCUAUGUAUUUACAUAUAAAAUUACCCUGUGCAUAAUGCAUUGAGUGUUUGAAAGAGUUGCUGAGAGAACACAUCAGGUAUAGUAAAAGCUUUGUAAUAUUUAUGUGGUUCUGUAUAUAAAAGAAUAAUUUUGAAUGU